AUGGGAAGGGAACCUUUACCUUUAACAAAUGUUAGUGAGUCAUGGAGGAAGCAAAGCGAGGAACGAAACGAAGUCAAGACAGAGUCCAAAGAGGCAUUUGGCAAGAAGACACUUCAGAGUGGCCCGUAUGGGAAAGCAGUCUACUUCCACCAUCAGAAAAUGCACACGGGGGCCGGGCACACGGACAAACUGGGUCGACUGAGGGAGCUCUGCGAGCAGCACGGCAUGUGGCUGCACGUCGAAGGGCCAGACUGGCUGGUUUUCAUGCCUAAGGGUGAAUCUAGCGACUUGGCUUUGGGUUACGUCUCAUCUUCCAUCAUGGCCGCAACUAAAUGCGACAGCCUGACAUUGACACUCGGACCCUGGCUGGGCCUUCCAGCAGUGCCUGCAGUGACUCUGUAUAGACAAGAGGACCCUUCUUUGUCGCUAGCAGCAGGCCUGACCUCCAGCCAGGUGGCGGAGAAGCUACGUGCUCUGUCCCUUUGGCUCUCCCUGCAGUACCUGGGCCACGAUGGAAUCGUGCAAAAAAUUAAACACGCCUCCCAGCUGAGUCAACGGCUACUGGAGAAUCUGAAGAACCAAGAUUUUAUUCGGACCUCAGUUGAAGAUGAAUUUAGCUCUCCUGUGGUGGUCUUCAAGUUUUCCCCAGAAAAGUCGCAUAUAGAUCAGAUGCUAUACGCUGCGCAACCAUCUGCGGUCACUGGGAAUGAGAGGGUUUGCGAUACCUUUAAUCAGUGGCUUGGAGAACAGUUGGCACAGUUGGUCCCUGCCAGCGGGGUGGACCUGGUUGAUCUGGAGGACGAAGGCAUGGUGCGUUUCAGCCCUUUGAUGACUUCUGCAGUUUUAGGAACCGAGGUUCAAGACGUGGAUCAGCUGAUGGACUGCUUAAAAAUGAAGGUCCCAGUUCUCAACUGCACUUUACAGCUGAGAGAGGAAUUCGAACAGGAAGUGAAAAGAACCGUCGGCUUGUCCUAUGUGGAAGAUUUUACCUGGCCCGGCCUCGGGGUGGUCAGGUAUAAGGGCCAAAACGAAGAGACACCGGAGAAAGACUCGGAGAAGAUUAACAGCGGUCUCCUGAAGAAGCUCAACGAACUGGAAUCAGACCUGUUAUUUUCUUCAGGGCCGGAAUUUGGAGCCGAGAAGAACUGCAUUUACAUCGGGAUGGUCACCGAGGAUCUCGAUGUCUCGGAACUGGUGGAAACGAUUGCAGCGUCCGGUCGGGAAAUUGAAGAAAAUUCAAGGCUUUUGGAAAACAUGACCGAGGUUGUGCGAAAAGGCAUCCUAGACGCCCAAGCUCAGCUGCAAAAAGCCAACGAGGAACGCCUCCUGGAAGAGGGUUUGCUUCGACAGAUUCCUGUGGUGGUUCUGGUCUGUCAACUGGUUUUCUUCCCAUUUCACGCCUCACCGAAGGGACAAACCUUUAAUCUAACAGCAGGGUCUUUGGAAUCCACAGAGACAACGUACCUAUCUAAAGCCCAGGGCACGGGGAUCACCCCGCCUCCCACUCCCACAUCAAGCCGUGGUCAAAAACUCUUUAAACGGGCCGGCAGGAACUCGGAUGGGGUCAGCGAGACCAGCUCGGUGAGCCAAGCUACCGACUUGGACAGAGGAGAAUUCGCAGCUUCUCCCCUCAAGCAGGAGAACGGCGGCGUCGAGGCGUCAAGCGAAAGCACCCCUCCCCUCCCCCAGGAAACGACCAGCGUUUCCCCAGGCACCCAAUCUUGGGCUCCGGGAAACGACCGUCCGCUCUCUGAGGAGCAAGAGAACCUUAGAUAA